AUGAUUCCAACGGCCGCGCACGCCGACCUCUCAGUCCGCGCUGCGACACUCUUCCUCGCCAAACCACCUCGCCAGCCCCUCGCUGAUCCGACGACCAUGGCGUCCGCAGCCUCACAGUCGUCGAAGUACAUCCAGCUAGCGCUGGCGUUGCCGCAACGCCUGCGCACAUUCCUUGCGCGCUAUCCACCCCCGCAAAUCUUCCCUGACGGCCAGGAGCCUAAGAAGACGGCCUAUCAGGAAGAGUGCCCGAACCCGUUUUUGCCAUACAAGCACCCAGUCACUGGAAAGUGGCAUAACCCCAAGUACUCGCUGCGCCGUCAGGCCGAGCUGGUCAAGAUGGCCCGCGAGCACGGAGUUGAGGAACUGCUUCCCUACACUCCCAAGGGCACCGAGGCCAGGUUACGCAAGCGUAUCGAGCUGGGUCUGCGCGUCAAGGGUACUGGUGUUGGGCAGAGAGUCAAGGGUCACAAGCACGAGAGACAACUCAUGGCAAAGAUGGAGGAGAGAAGACAAGCCAUGCUUGCGAUGCCAGAGCUCAUCAAGGAAUGGAAGAAGGUUGGGAAGAGGGAUUGGACAAAGUAUCCGAAAUGA